AUGUCGACAGAUAUUCAAAAGGAACCCGGUCACAGCUGCGGAGCCGGCUGCAAUCUUCCGGAUAACAACCGUAUGGUAGCGUGCGACAAAUGCGACUCGUGGUGGCACUACGAGUGCGUGGGCGUAGGAGAUAGUAUCUCUGAGAAAGACUUUAUAUGUCCUCGAUGCACGGCGACGCCCCAGGAAAAACAAAACACAAUAGUGCCUUCACCGAAAUCCAUUAGCAGCGCGAAAAACUCGAUUAAGUCAGCCGGAACAUUGAUGAGGCUACGACUUCAAAAAUUAGAGGAGAUGAAAGCCCUCCAAGAAAAGCAGCUUGAUCUCGAACAGCGAAAGCUUGAUUUGGAGAAGAAAUUCAUCCAAGAAAAAUACCGCGUUCUUGAAGAAGAAGCAGACGACGACGAAGAUAGACAGAGCCGAAAAUCGAAUCAAAGUAAUUCUAGUCGGAUCAUCCAGUGGAAGGUGAACCGACUUCUGGGCAGCGCUGUGAACUCAACUAUGGUCCCGCAAGCCCAAGAAAAAGUCGCCCCGGUAAGGACCAAUAACGUAUGUGACGAUUUACCGGUUGGUGGUUCAAACAAUGCUGAACCUGCCGUCUCGAAGCAAUCGAGCACCUUGGUAACUGCGCCUGUUUUUGAGAGUGCUCAACAACUACCAGGUACGCAACUUCCUUACUCUACUAGCCGCCAGAUGAGUUCAUCAAUGGAUGUUGUAAACACUUAUGCGAGUAACUCUCUUAGAGUUUCAUUGAUGUCGACUGGCGCUAUUCCUAAAACUAAUCCGAUAACUACCACGGGUCAAGGGCCGCCGCAUUCACUAACUGGGCCGAUCGGUUUGCCCUCAAUGACGCAACCUAUCGUGACCCCCGCGACACUCCCUUCAUUUAUGGUUAGCUCAGGCUCAGUGCCUCCUGUUGUAGCUACUUCUGCGUACCCCGUGUAUAUUCCGUCAGUACCCCAUCCGGCAACAAUGAGUACUGCCAAUAAUUUCCAAACUCAGCAUACGUUCGCUGACAGUGUCCCGGUUUCCGCGAUGCUCGCGCCAGGUGCGACACUACCCAACCCGAUGUUGAAUCCGUAUGAGAAUUACACCACUCCGAGCCACAGUCAGAUAGCCGCACGUCAGCUUAUGGCCAAAGAUCUACCGAUGUUUUCCGGGGACCCCGAAGAUUGGCCGCUGUUUUCGAGAAUGUUCUUUAAUACGACGCAAGCCUGCGGUUAUUCGGAUGCUGAUAACUUAACUCGGUUGCAACGUUGUCUACGAGGUCCCGCUCUAGAGGCUGUUAGAAGUAAAUUGCUGCUCCCGAAUUCUGUUCCAUUGGUCAUGGAGACCUUGAAAAUAUUAUAUGGCCGACCCGAAAUCCUGAUCUUCGCAUUGAUAAACAAAGUGAAAAAUACUCCAGGCCCGAAACCAGGGAGACUUGAUACGCUUAUUACUUUCGGAAUGACCGUGCAAAAUUUAGUGGACCAUCUUGCGGUUGGGCAGCACUUUGCACAUAUGAACAACCCGACUUUAAUCCACAAGCUUGUAGAUAAAUUGCCGGACCAAAUGAAGCUCGAUUGGGCAUUGUAUAAGGAACAAUUUUUGGAAGAUGAUUUGCGAGUUUUCGCGACGUUCAUGUCAGUUUUGGUCAAGGCGGCAACGGCAGUCACAAUAAACGUGGGAGAAAAACCUGAUAACCGUAAUUCGAAACUCGAUAAGCAAAAAGACAGAGGUUUUUUACAUACGCACACUACUGACGAAGUAAAUCAUCACUCUAAUGAGUGGCACCGGAACGAGUCGAGCUCUGAUAGUACGAAAUGGUGCAAGAUUUGCUUCAAGUCCGAACACAGGGUUCAAGACUGUUCAGAAUUUCUGAAAAAGAAUUUAGAGGAGCGAUGGACAGUCGUACACUGUAUUUCGCUUUGCCGAACCUGCUUGUUCCAGCACGGGCGAAGACCGUGUAAGCUUAAGAAAGCUUGCGGAGUAGAGGGGUGCAGCUAUAAACACCAUCCACUUCUACAUGGACCGAAAGCUAAUCAAUCAUCGGGAAGUUCAUCCGGCAUGGUGAACAAUCAUCGCCACGGAAGCCAAUCUUCGUUAUUCCGCAUUCUUCCCGUGACAUUAUCCAGCAGAGGUCGUUCGGUGAAAGUCUAUGCCUUCUACGACGAUGGGUCCUCUCUGACUCUGUUAGAAGAAAAGAUUGCAAAUCAGUUGGGGUUAGAAGGCGAAAGCGGAGUGUUAUGCUUGACUUGGACGGCGGAUGUUACUCGAGACGAGGUCGGUUCCAAAUGGGUAAAUUUCGACAUAGCCGGAGAAGGACGAUCGCAAAAGUAUUCGCUUUCUAACGUUCGGACAGUGCAGAAUCUCUCUCUUCCAUCUCAAUCUCUACACUACCAACGGUUAGCUGCCAGAUACCCUCACCUUUCAGGACUUCCGGUGAGCGAUUAUAAUGAUGUGACUCCGCAUAUCCUAAUAGGAAACGACAACGCGCACUUGGCUGUAGCGCUCCGUAGAAGAGAAGGUAAAACAAAUGAUCCUAUCGCUACAAAAACACGACUCGGAUGGUCAAUCCACGGUCCGAUUUCUGAGAACACGAUUAUGGGCUCCGCGUUCAGCAUGCACAUCUGCCAAUGUUCUUCGAAACUGGAAGAAUUGCAUGAUAUAAUCAAACGAUCGUUCGCUGUAGAAAAUUUAGGCGUUUCUAUUCGAGAUGGACCCGAAUCUAUCGAAAAUCAACGAGCCCGCGUAAUCCUCGAAGCAACAACGAAGCGAGUAGGUCGCAGAUUCGAGACGGGUCUUCUGUGGCGGUACGACGUAUUCGAAUUCCCCGACAGUUACGCCAUGGCGUUCAAACGCUUAAUUUGUUUGGAGAAACGCAUGUCAGCUGAUGCUGUGGUUGGAGGCAGCGUUAGACGUCAGAUUUCAGAAUAUUUGGAAAAAGGAUAUUUGAGAGAAGCAACGGAAGUGGAACUACAGCAUACCGACCCCCGUCGGAUCUGGUACCUGCCCUUGGGAGUCGUAAUUAAUCCCAAGAAACCUGGCAAAAUUCGGAUUUUCUGCGAUGCGGCGGCCAAAGUUGACGGAGUGUGCUUGAAUUCUAUGCUGAUCAAAGGUCCUGACCAAUUGAUGUCGUUACCAAAGAUUUUGACUGGAUUCCGGGAGCGGAAAGUGGCUGUUUCCGCCGAUAUACGUGAAAUGUUUCACCGGGUGUUGAUCCGCGAAGCUGACGUACAGGCGCAACGGAUCCUUUGGCGAAAUGAACCGUCUGAACAACCAAAAACAUUCUUCAUGACUGUAGCCACCUUUGGGUCAACUAGCUCGCCGUGCUCUGUACAGCAUGUAAAAAACAUCAACGCGAGAGAGUUUGCUACGGAAUUUCCCGAGGCAGUCGAAUCCAUUUUACAUCACCACUAUAUGGAUGAUUACCUUCAAAGUUUUGAUGACGAAGCCGAAGCAAUAAAAAGAUCGUUAGAAGUGAAAUUUAUCCAUUCGCAAGCCGGGUUUGAGUUCCACUCUUGGUCAUCGAACUCGGAUCUUGUGCUGCAGGCCGUAGGGGAAACGGAUCCGUCAACUGUUAAAUCCUUUGACGUGGAAGAUCGAAAAGCUUCCUCAAGCGAAGCCAAACGAGUUCUGGGAAUGUUGUGGUUGCGAGAAGAAGAUGCGUUCACUUACUCUUCAGACUUUAAACACAUUCCUGAAAAUCCGACGAAGCGAGAAGUGUUAAGCAUCGUAAUGAGCUUGUACGAUCCUUUGGGCUUACUUGCUCAUUUUAUCAUCCACGGCAAGAUCCUGGUCCAGGAUAUUUGGCGGAAUCAUAAAUCUUGGGACGAGCCUAUUUCUGAGAAUUUACAAAUCCGAUGGGCUCAAUGGAUUUCUCUCUUCCCAAAGCUGAAAGAUGUUAGAAUUCCAAGACCAUAUUUUGGUAAAAGUGCGAUAGAUGAACUUGGAUCGAUACAACUACACGUUUUCGUGGAUGCGAGUGAGUUGGCGUACGCUUGUGCAUCCUAUUUAAGAGCUGAAGUUGGCGGAGUAGUAAAAUGUAUUUUAAUAUCCGCAAAAUCUAAAGUUGCUCCACUUAAGACUCUAUCGAUUCCUCGUCUUGAGCUACAGGCAGCAAUAAUCGGAAGUCGUCAAUCGAAAAACUUGCUUGAAACGCACUCUUUAAAAAUUUCACGAAGGGUCAUAUGGACGGACUCACGUACUGUUCUGGCGUGGAUUAACUCCGAUUCGCGAAAAUACAACCAAUUUGUUUCCUGUAGAAUUGGAGAGAUACUUGAAAGUACCGAGGCUUUCGAGUGGAAAUGGGUUCCGAGCAAACUUAAUGUCGCAGAUGAGGCCACCAAGUGGUCGACUGGGCCCGAUCUAUCAUCCGAGGGUCGAUGGUUCAACGGACCUUCUUUCUUAUACGAGCCAGAAGAUCGUUGGCCAUUCCAUCAAAAUGAAUGCUUCGAAACGGGAGAGGAAUUAAGACAAGUAAAAUGCAACGUAUUGAAUGUGCAUCGCGCCAUCGACCGAGCUCCACUGCUGAUUAAAUGGGAGAAUUUUUCCCAGUGGAAUCGUUUGAUUCACUCCAUUGGUUACGUGUAUCGUUAUUCGCAUAACCGCGUUAACACCUGGAAAAAUCUCGCUCGCCGAAAUGGAAACCUGCAGCAAGCCGAACUGGAGUCAGCAGAAAAAUUACUUUUCCGAACCAUGCAAAGUGAGGCAUAUGCCGAAGAAAUUAGAAAACUGCAACAAAUUGAUUCUCCAACCGAGCAACGAAGGCUGAAGCGUACGAGUCCUCUAUCGAAGCUUUCUCCUUUCAUUGAUGAAGAUGGAAUUCUACGCGUGGAAUCGAGAAUAAGUGCUGCUGCUUUUGUGUCGUACGAUACCAGAAAUCCGAUCAUUCUGCCUAGAGAGCACUACGCUACCAAGUUGAUUGUUUUGUGGUAUCACAAAAAAUAUCUGCAUUGCAAUACGAACACCGUCGUGAACGAGAUAAGGCAGAGGUUCCACGUAUCCCGAAUUAAAACCUUGGUUCGAAUCGUCGAAAAGCAAUGUACGCAUUGCCGAGUGUAUAAAGCUUCCCCAAAUGUGCCUCGCAUGAGCCCUCUACCUGCCGCUCGCCUGAGAGCUUUCUAUAGGCCAUUUUCUUUCGUGGGACUUGAUUAUUUUGGGCCAAUGCAAGUGAGAGUAGGACGUAGCACGGUGAAGAGGUGGGUGGCGUUAUUCACCUGUUUAACCAUCCGAGCUGUCCACCUGGAGGUAGUCCAUUCCCUGACCACAACAUCAUGCAAGAUGGCUAUGCGACGAUUCGUGGCACGUCGAGGAUCACCGGUUGAAAUAUAUUCCGAUAACGGGACCAAUUUCCUUGGCGCCAAGAACGAUCUCGUAGAAGAAUGCAAAACCAUCAACACCGAACUGGCAACGACAUUUACAAACACUGUAACCAAGUGGUACUUCAACCCGCCUUCUGCGCCGCACAUGGGAGGUGCGUGGGAGCGCCUUGUUAGGUCUGUGAAAACAGCGUUCUUUGCGAUUACCACAUCUAGAACUCCGAACGAAGAAACCUUCUCCACCGUUCUCGUCGAAGCUGAAGCAGUUGUCAACUCUAGGCCCCUAACUUUCAUCUCCUUGGAAAAUGACUCACAGGAAGCUUUGACCCCAAAUCAUUUCCUGCUUCUGAGUUCUACAGGCAUCGGUCAGCCGCAUAUGAAGUUCGUCGAAUCUAGACUGGCCCUUAGAGACGACUGGAAUCACAACAGGCACUUGGUGGAUAUCUUCUGGCAUCGCUGGGUGAAGGAGUAUUUGCCCAUCAUCGCGAGGCGAACUAAAUGGUUCGAAGAAACGAAACCUCUGGAACCAGGAACGCUGGUGGUUAUAAUCGAUGAAUCUAUCCGAAACGGCUGGACCCGCGGACGUGUUUUGGAUGUUGUGAAAGGAGCUGAUGGACGAGUACGACGAGCAACAGUGCAAACUUCUAAAGGACUCAUCAUCAGGCCUGUAGCUAAGUUAGCGGUUUUGGAUGUCGGUAAGACAUCAGAAGAUCAUCUGUCUUACGAGGGGGAGGAUGUUACCGCUACUUUGACCGCCCCCCUACAGCAACACCAGAAUCCUGGUCGGUUGAACACUGACGUUAGCGGUUGUGACAGCGAGCAGAUGACGAAAGACGUCAACGAGGAUGACAUUUGUGCUAGGAAACAAGACCAUGUGAAUUGUUAA